AUGUUCAAUAUAUGGUCUGGGCGUGCUAAAGCACCAGAAGGGGCCGGCAGUUUUACAGAGCCGUUUGUCAGCGCUGUGCUUAGGGCUUCGCAUAAUCGCAGGUUUUGCAUUACUUCGAAGGGGUAUAUGGUUUUAGCUCCUGCUGAAGCAGUGCAGGGAGACUUGGCCUGCGUUCUGCUUGGUGGCCAGACACCGUUUAUUUUGAGGCCAACGAGCGGGAAUUUCCACCUGGUGGGAGCUUGCUAUGUUCAUGGAAUUAUGUAUCGUGGAGCGAUGGAGGAGUGGAGAGCUGGGAAAUAUGAGAUGCAGGAUUUUGUACUCGAAUAA